AUGUCAUACAAUCUCCUGCAUGUCGUGAAGCCUUUGGUGCCAUACAUCCCCGAUGUCCAGUCUCCAGCGAGAACAAUCACCUUUCACGAAAGAUUCAUCUGGACAACGCUUGCAAUUCUGAUAUACCUCAUUUCGUCUCAGGUCCCUCUGUUUGGGAUAAUCUCAAACGAUGCUGCAGAUCCCUUGCAAUGGAUGAGAGCAAUGAUGGCCUCUAAUAGAGGAACACUCAUGGAUCUUGGAACAAGCCCUGUGGUCACCUCUAGCCUGAUAAUGCAAUUCCUGACGAUGUCCGAAAUACUGAAGGUCGACUGGUCCAUCAAAGAAGACAAAAACCUCCACAAUGCAACGCAAAGGCUUAUAUCACUGAUUAUGACGGUUGGGCAGGCGCUUGUCCAGGUGUACACAGGGUUCUAUGGCAGUCCAAAGAGCCUUGGAACGAUCUACUGCCUUCUUCUUGUUGUCCAGCUUAUCUUCUCGGGAAUUAUUAUAAUUCUUCUGGAUGAGCUUCUUCAGAAGGGAUAUGGUCUUGGGAACGGCGUCAAUCUGUUUAUUGCGGCCAAUGUCUGCGAGAGCAUCAUCUGGAAGGCCUUUAGUCCAAAGGUACUUUUCACCGGGCGUGGCAUAGAAUUCGAAGGAUCUGUAAUUGCAUUAUUCCAUCUUCUUGUGGUAAGAAAGAACAAAUUUGCAGCAAUAUACGAGGCCUUUUUCAGGCAAAAUCUCCCAAAUCUCUUUUCACUGCUCUCAACCAUCCUUCUGUUUGUGUUUGUCAUAUAUCUCCAGGGAAUGAGAGUCGAGCUCCCAACAGAGUCGUCACAGGUCAGGGGGCAUGUGGGUAAGUUCCCCAUAAAACUGCUGUACACGUCUACUAUGCCGAUCAUUGCCCAGAGCUACAUAGUCGGGCACAUUUCAUCGAUCUCCUCAUUUCUUUACAAGAGAUGGCCGCAGUACCUUGUUGUCAGAAUUCUCGGUGUCUGGAAUACAUCCAAGGGAGGAAGAUAUAUGCCAGUAAGCGGAGUCAGCUAUUACAUCACGUCGCCGGAAUCCAUUUUCGAGGGCUUCCGGGACCCACUGCGAUUUGUCAUCUAUUUGGCCAUCAUGUUCCUAACAUCUGCCAUUCUUAGUACGUCAUGGCUUGAGCUGAACGAACUGUCCCCUGAAAAAGCUGCACAGAAGCUCAAGGAAUCGAGAAUGAGGCUGAAGGGAGUGAGAGAAGCAAAUACAGCCAAUGUACUUUCCAGAUAUAUCCCUACUGCUGCAUUUCUUGGUGGGAUGCUCACAUCUAUGGUUGUUAUAAUGUCCAAUCUUUUCGAUACCAUUGGGAGCGGGACAAAUAUCUUCUUGGCCACCUCUAUUGUAAGUCAGUAUCUGGAGAUGUUUGCCAAGGAAUCAAUGCAGAAAAACAGCGAAAUAGGUUUUAUCGAAUAA